CUGCGCAACAAAAUGUUUUUCAUAAUUCGAUCCCUUCUCACGAGACCUUAUCUCUUCAUAGUGCUGUGUAUUGCGUUUGUAUUUCUAAACAUAAUCAUUUAUCUUAGUAAAGAGUCGGUUCAUCCGCAAACUGCAAGCAAUGAUGUGUAUCCAUUGCUGGGCUCGACAAAGGCACUGUAUCCUCCCGGGGAUAUGGGAGGUGCUGUGAUUCUCAACAAAUCAAAUCCAUCCAUAGCAAAAGCGAUUCGCGCAUCUAUGAAGCGCUAUGGACUCAACGAAUAUGCGUCCGAUCUGGUAUCGAUGCAUCGACGUCUACCUAUUGUCCCCGAUCCUUGGUGUCAACGAGCCGCGGCACAUUUUCUUCCUAAUCUUCCACCGACAUCCAUCGUCGUCGUGUUCUACAACGAGGCAUGGUCGGUUCUGGUACGAACCGUACAUUCGAUACUGGACCAUUCACCACCUCACCUGCUGCAGGAGAUCAUUCUCGUCGAUGAUUACUCCAGUUUGCCGCACCUGAAGACACAACUGAAGGACUAUUUCGAGGCAUACCCGAAGGUGAGAAUCAUUCGGGCCGCCAUGCGAAUGGGAUUGAUCAAGGCACGCGUACUGGGAGCCAAAAUGGCAACUUCGGAAGUACUCACCUUUCUCGAUGCUCACGUCGAAUGUGCCGAAGGUUGGCUCGAGCCAUUGCUCGAUCAAGUCGCACGAAAUGAGACGACUGUCGCCCUUCCUACGAUUGAUAAGAUAGAUCCGCUGGAUCUAGGCGUAAGCACCAACAUUUCGCUACUGCUUGCUGGUGCCUUCGAGUGGGAUCUUAACUUUGGCUGGUGUGAACGAAAGCAACUACAUAAGCGGUACGCACAUCCGCUCGAACCCUUCGACACACCGGCGAUGGCUGGAGGAUUGUUCACCAUCCGGCGAUCCUUCUUCGAGCGGCUCGGUUGGUACGACGAGGGAUUCGAUAUCUAUGGCAUGGAAAAUAUUGAACUAUCGCUUAAAACUUGGAUGUGCGGAGGACAACUACUCACCGUGCCUUGCUCUCGUGUCGGUCACAUUCAGAAGGAGGGUCACCCCUACAUACAGAACAUUAAGCGAGAUGUCCAACUAUACAACUCGAUCCGGUUAGCCGAGGUGUGGAUGGAUGAGUACAAACGAAUCGUGUUCGACGUCAACGGUGUCCCAUACUUCAGCGAGGAGCUAUUUGGAUCGGUUGAGACCCGGCAACGAUUUCGUCAGCAAGCUGGCUGUAAACCAUUCCGCUACUACCUAGAAACCGUUUUUCCCGAGCUCACGAUACCGAAUGUUUUUGGGCAGUUUCGUGGCAAGGUAAAAAACGUUGCCCUAGGACACGAUCACUGUCUAACAGUGGUGGACACUGCGAAAGACAGCCCACAUAUGGCACCCUGUAAAGAGGCCGAUAGCGAUCAGUUCUGGACGCAUAGCUACUACAGUGAUAUCAAUUCGUACAAAAUGUGUCUCGAUUUCACGGGCACUCGGUUGCGAUCGAUCGUUUGUCAUCGGCGCCGCGGUAACCAGGGUUGGAUGUAUGUGGUUGAGACGAAGCAAAUCUGGAAUAUGGGCCACGGAAGCUGUCUGGCGGUGAGUACGCAUGCCAACGGGUCAUCGCUGGUGAUGCAAAAGUGCAACGAAAACAGUAAACAGCAGCAGUGGCUGGUGACGUUUAUCGAUUAUAGUGAUUUGUAUUAAUAGUUUAGUUCUACCGUUUAUUUAAAGCAGGAGGAUAACAUUUAAUAAAAGUAAAAUCCAUGAUUUAAAGGAUAUUAAAACAGUUUCUGAGUUUUUGUUGGCAGAAAAGAUCGACAUCACAAACUGAUGACAUUGAAAAAAAAGGA